GCAUUGUAAACAGCGUGUCCAAUGCGGUGGUUCGGGUUUGGUUUUAACGCGUUUGGACAGAUAUAUGUCCACGAAAAAUUAAUCAAAGGCGAGUGUAGCGACUCCGUUAAGGAAGUUAAAGUGAGUAAACCAACAGAAGUCACCAGUCAGGUGCACAGACGUGACUGCAGCUUGAGUACUGAUUUUCAAAUUAGAGCAAGUUGGAGUCGAAGAGCAUCUUUGCAUUUGGAUGGGGACAGCUGUGUGUGUCUGGCAGGUUUUGUCCCCGGUGAGUCCACUGCUCCUCUGACAGAGAGCCGCGGCUGUGCAGACGCCAUCAUCACUGAAACACACCUGAGCAUCGCUUUCUCAGACAGAGUUGAGUCCUGGGAUCUGCAGAGCAAAGACAAGAGUCCAUCAUGGAGCAUGGAAAUAAAAACACACUCAGAGAGCUCUGGAUCCAUUGUGAAGCUCCCAUUGGUUCCUGGGGGUUAUAUAGCCACGAAACCGCCUCUGUACCGCUCCUUAUCACCACACCUGAGAGCCAAGAGUCUGGCUCUGAGUUCAGAGCAUGCCGUCCUUCUCAGUGCCUCUGGAGCUGUGUACACUUGGGGACUGGGCAGCCAUGGUCAGUUGGGGCACGGAGGUCUCACCUCUGAGGAGGAGCCCAGGGCCGUGGAGGCGCUCUGGGGGAUGCCAAUGAGCUGCAUAGCUACAGGAAGCUGGCACUCUGUCUGUAUUAGUGAUGGGGGAGACCUUUACGUGUGGGGCUGGAAUGAAAGUGGCCAGCUCGGACUUCCAUCACGAGGUCUGAGGAAAGCACUGCAGCAACAAAGCGGCCAACAAGCAGGAGCCUCACGUCAGGAUGCCACCACAUCUCUCACUGAAGAGCCACAGGAGGGAGAGAAGCACGAUGAGGUAUUUAUAGCGAUCCAGGCGUUCCCGGCUCUGCUGGAUAUCACUCCAUCAUGUGAAAUCAGGACAGUCAGCUGCGGCUGCCGCCACACAGCUGCAGUAACAACCACAGGUGACCUCUACACUUGGGGCUGGGGUGACUACGGCCAACUUGGACACCAAACUUUAGUCAGUUCAGAUGAGCCACAGCGUGUGGAGCUCUUCAGGGAGCAGCAGAUGCGUGUGGUUGAUGUCGUGUGCGGAGCGUGGAACACCUUUGCUGCUGUCGUCAAAGAGGAAGUAGGUUGCUCUUAAAACUACUGUGGAAUCCCCUUGAUAAAUGCGGACACUGGACUUUGGACAGCACACCAGGAAGUGUAAAUUAUCUCAACAUAAUCAAGACUUUGAAUCAAAUGUAUUUUGUAAUAUGUAAAUUAUUUUCAUGUGUCUGUAUUAAAAAAAAGAAA